UUCUUCUUUCUUCUCCUCUUUUUCUUCUUCCUCUUCCUUCCUCUCCUCCCCCACCUCCUGUCCCAUUGAUGUGUUAUUAUUGGGGGGGCUGGAGCAGUAAAAAAAGAAGAAGGAAAAAAAGAGCAGGGCUCGGCUGGGAAAGGUUGAGCGCGGGGCUGACGGGCGGCGGCGGCGAUGGAAGAACUUACGGCGUUCGUCUCCAAGUCUUUUGACCAGAAAGUGAAGGAGAAGAAGGAGGCGAUCACGUACCGGGAGGUGCUGGAGAGCGGGCCGCUGCGCGGGGCCAAGGAGCCCACCGGCUGCGCGGAGUCGGGCCGCGACGACCGCAGCAGCCCGGCAGUCCGGGCGGCCGGCGGAGGCGGCGGCGGAGGAGGAGGAGGCGGAGGCGGAGGAGGCGGAGGAGGUGCAGGAGGAGGAGGAGCAGGCGGAGGAGCUGGAGGAGGGCGCUCUCCCGGCCGGGAGCUGGACAUGGGCGCUGCCGAGAGAAGCAGAGAGCCGGGCAGCCCGCGGCUUACGGAGGGCAGAACGAAUCCAAGGCAAGCUAAGGUCCAGGCUACGCUGCUUCUCCCUGGCAAGGCAUUUAGGUUUCUUUUUGUGUCCCCGGAGCUGAAGGAUCGCAAAGAGGAUGCGAAAGGGAUGGAGGACGAAGGCCAGACCAAAAUCAAACAGAGGCGAAGUCGGACCAAUUUCACCCUGGAACAACUCAACGAGCUGGAGAGGCUUUUUGACGAGACCCACUAUCCAGAUGCCUUCAUGCGCGAGGAACUGAGCCAGAGGCUGGGGCUGUCGGAGGCCCGAGUGCAGGUUUGGUUUCAAAAUCGAAGAGCUAAAUGUAGAAAACAAGAAAAUCAACUCCAUAAAGGUGUCCUCAUAGGGGCCGCCAGCCAGUUUGAAGCUUGUAGAGUCGCACCCUAUGUCAAUGUAGGUGCUUUAAGGAUGCCAUUUCAGCAGGAUAGUCAUUGCAACGUGACGCCCUUGUCCUUUCAGGUUCAGGCGCAGCUGCAGCUGGACAGCGCUGUGGCGCACGCGCACCACCACCUGCAUCCACACCUGGCCGCGCACGCGCCAUAUAUGAUGUUCCCAGCGCCGCCCUUCGGACUGCCGCUUGCUACGCUGGCCGCGGACUCGGCCUCCGCCGCCUCGGUUGUGGCAGCUGCCGCCGCCGCUAAGACCACCAGCAAGAAUUCCAGCAUCGCCGAUCUCAGACUGAAAGCCAAAAAGCACGCGGCCGCCCUGGGUCUGUGACACCAACGCCAGCGCCAAUGUCGCGCCCCCCGCGCGGCGCUCAGCCUGCACGCUCUCUGCGCCCCGCUGCUUCUCUGUUACCCUCUUCCGACCUCCGGAGCCUGCCUCUUUGAGCUCCUCAUCCCCUUUCGCAUCCGGACUUGGAGGGCCGGACUCCACGCGGGACCCGGGAUCCCACGAGGCGCACCAGCUCAGUGGCUCCUGCCCGCUUUCCUACCCGAGGCCCUAGAAUUCGGUUUUGUAGGAGCGGGUUUGGGGAAAUCUGGAGAGAGACUGGACAAGGGAGUGCCGGAACCGAGGAGUGUGACUCACGAGAAGGCUGCGACGGUGGACUCUUGCAUAGGAAAUAAAAUCUUGUUAACAAUAAAAAAUGAGCAAAAACAUUUAAAAAAAUAGAAAAGACAAACCAGAGAGAAAAAGAGAAAGGGAACUUAUUUCUUAUUGCUAUUUGGCAGAAGCUGAAAUCGGAGAGCGACAAGGAGUUAUUAAAGUAUUUUAUACAUUUAAAAAUAUGGAAAAAUAACCCGGACGAAUCUCGAGAGAAUGGGGGCGGGGAGGGGGGGAGGUUCCCAACUUAAAUGUAUGGGUUUUUUUUUUAAUGGGCUAAGAAGGCAAAACAGAAGGAAGAGGUAUACUUAUUUAAAAAACUAAGAUGAAAAAAGUGCGCAGCUGGGAAGUUCACAGGUUUUGAAACUGACCUUUUUUCUGCGAAGUUCACGUUAAUAUGAGAAAUUUGAUAAGAGAGGCGGGCCUCCUUUUACGUUGAAUCAGAUGCUUUGAGUUUAAACCCACCUGUAUUGGAAGAGCAAGAAGAGGGAAGACAGUGUAAAAACAAGGAGAGAAAAAAGAAUAUUAAUACAAAAAAUAUGCCACAGACAAUUUCUCUGAGAAAUUAUUAUGGCAGAACUGUCCGGACUGCUGACACUAAAUUCUGGUUUGCAUGUUAUUUGUAUUCCAUUGAUGGUGUCUCCCCCCCUUUCCACUUUAAUCACGUGUACUCACUCCAUUUUCAUCUUUAGUGUGAAAAACAAUACCAAAAGCGUCUGAAAAUUGAUAUAUAUCUCCAUAUAUUUUUUGCCCUGUCUCUGAUCCUGGGUAAAGAAAAAAGUCGGAAAGGGAAAACAUUUACACUCUGUCCCAAGAAGACAGAGGCAGGCAGAAAAUAUGGGGAAAGGAAAAAGAAAAGACGACCAAAUGAAAUAAUGGAGGUACAGCGCCUCGCAUGGUGCUUGACACUUAGUAGGCGUGCAAUGUUAAUUCCCGCCACGCCCCUUUUCUUGUAUUCCCUCUUGCUGGUUUCCUCAAGUCCUAUUUGAGGACUGUGCUUUAUUUCCCCCUCUCUAUCCUGUCAAAUUCACCUUAAACGACACCCAGCUAGGUACAGGCACUAGGUUUGUAUAAAAUAUGUUGAUAUACAUGAACAAAGUUUUAUUUUGGCUAUAAUGUGUGAAUUGAUGGUUGACUUUCAACAUUUGCAUUUUAUCUCACAAAGGUGUAUCUUUUCAAGUAAUCUUUUUUUUGGCUGUUUCAAUUCAUGUAGCUAUUUAAACUGGGAUACCCUGGACUAAGCAAUCUGUAUCCCAAUUCGCUAGCAAGCCUCCUUAGUUGUUUUUUUUUUUUUUUCUAAUUUACAAGAAAGAGGAAAAGCUCUUCUAACUGAACUUUGGUAUGUGGUUGAGCUUUGUAACUAUUUGUUCUCCAUGAAAACAAAAUUAUUUAUAUUUGCCAUAUUUUUUCUAGUGUAUUAAGUUAUUUUAAACAAAAGAUGUUAUCUCAUGACGUGUUGUCAGUACAAAAUGUUUCGGCUUCAACUCUGUUAAACCUUUUAAAUAAGUGCCAAGUUAUUAAUUGAAGACACUUUGCGAUCAAUUGAAUGAAAAUAGUAUUGUUUCAUUUGA